AUGUCUACCCGUCCUCAAAAUAUUGGCAUUAAGGCCAUUGAGAUUUACUUCCCAAGUCAGUGUGUUGCUCAAGAAGAACUCGAGAAAUUCGAUGGCGUUAGUGCAGGGAAAUACACAAUUGGUCUUGGGCAAACCAAGAUGAGCUUCUGCGAUGAUAGAGAAGAUAUUUACUCUUUUGCCUUGACCGUCACCUCCCGUCUCCUCAGCAAGUACAACAUUGAUACAAACACCAUUGGACGUCUGGAAGUUGGCACAGAAACCCUUCUCGACAAAUCGAAGUCCGUAAAAUCGGUUCUCAUGCAAUUGUUUGGAGAAAACUCGAAUAUUGAGGGAAUUGAUACCGUUAAUGCAUGCUACGGUGGUACCAAUGCUGUAUUCAACGCUGUUAACUGGAUUGAAUCGUCCGCAUGGGAUGGAAGAGAUGCCAUUGUGGUUGCUGGAGAUAUCGCCUUAUAUGCCAAGGGUGCUGCGCGUCCAACUGGAGGUGCGGGAGCUGUUGCCAUGUUGAUUGGACCAAACGCUCCAGUUGUUGUUGAGCCUGGUCUUCGUGGAACAUACAUGCAACACGCCUACGAUUUCUACAAGCCAGAUCUUACUAGCGAGUAUCCAAUCGUUGACGGCCAUUUCUCUCUCAAGUGUUAUACCGAAGCAGUUGAUGCUUGCUACAAGGCAUACAACAAGCGGGAACAAACCCUCAAGCCUUUAGCAAACGGGCAUAUAAAUGGUGCCGUCUCAGAGGAUUCAACAAAAUCUCCUAUUGAUCGUUUCGAUUACAUGACCUUCCAUGCCCCUACCUGCAAGCUCGUUUCCAAGUCAUACGCCCGUAUGCUUUACAACGACUAUCUUGCUAAUCCGACCGCAUCCACUUUUGCUGAUGUUCCCGCUGAGUUGAGAGAUAUGGACUAUGCCAAGUCUUUGAGCGACAAGGUCGUCGAGAAGACAUUCAUGGGUUUGACAAAGAAGCGUUUCAAUGAGCGCGUUCAACCCAGUAUCCAAGUCCCAACCAUGUGCGGAAACAUGUACACUGCCAGUGUUUAUGGUGGCUUGGUCAGUUUGUUGAGCAACGUUGACAGCGCUACUCUUCAAGGAAAAAGAAUUGGUGUUUUCAGUUACGGAAGUGGUUUAGCCGCAAGUUUGUUCUCCUUGAAGAUCAACGGCUCUACCGAGACCAUGGCAAACGCUUUGAACCUACAGGAAAGACUUGAGGCUCGCCGAACCGUCGCUCCAGAGGUUUACGAAGAGUUCUGCAAUCUCCGCAAGCAAGCCCAUCUCCAAAAGUCAUACACCCCACAAGGCAGCCCAGAUACCAUCGCUAAGGACACUUACUAUCUCAAGAGUGUUGAUGAUAUGUUCCGCCGAGAAUACGAGAUCAAGGCAUAA